UGUGAGGCGGUGGGGGUGUGAGCGAGGAGGGAAAGAGAACCGCGCGGCGGUUUGGCGCCUCUUUCUUUUCCUUUAGAAGGCAAAGGAAAAAAGGGCGGGCGGGAGGAGCGCGCGGCUCCAAUAGGAGCUCUGGUGGGGAGAGGGGGAGGCGGGGUCUACGUGCUGCGGGAGGAUCCCUCAGAGGAGGGGAGACGGGAGAGGAGAAAUAGGGGCGCAUGCGCACGCCGCCCGGGUGCAGCCGCCGCAGCUACUACAGCCCGCUGUUGUUGCCGUGCGAGAGAGCGAGAGCAGUAGCGGCGCGAGCGUGAGGGGGGAAAGAAGCGAAAGUCCGUCUCGCACUCAGGGAACAGCGGCGGGAGGAGCAGCAGCAGCAAGCAGCUUAACCGCCUGCUUGCCUGCUUCGCGCGCGCCCAGCGUUCGGCCGGCCCUGAUUGGCGCGCGCGCCUGCCUCUCGUUCCAUUGCCACCCUUCCUUCUUUCCUCUCUCUCUCUCCCGUUCCUCCUCCUGUUUUGUUUUUGCGUUUCUCUCUCACCUUCAGCGCGCGGUCGGGAUAAAAGAGAGAUAGCUUUGCUGCCAUUAUUAUUACUACUACUGUUAUUUUGAUAAAAGUCCGAGCCAAGAAUUAAAAAGAAGAAGAAAGAUGGUGGACCGCGAGCAGCUGGUGCAGAAAGCCCGGCUGGCUGAGCAAGCCGAGAGAUACGACGACAUGGCGGCUGCCAUGAAGAACGUGAGUCUCUCCUCCUCCCUCCUCCUCCCGGUUUCCUCCGCUGCUGCCGCCGCCGCGGCCGCCACCGCAGAAGGGCCUUCCCUCCUCCUUUCCCCUCCCUCCCGUCUGCCUCCUUUGUUGCGGGGGGGGGUGCCACCCUUUUUUAUUGAGAGGAGGGGGCAAUUGAGAUUUUUUUUCCCCUCUGGGGGGAUAUUUCUGGGAGAUAUUCUUAAAAGGGGGGAUUUCCAGCUCUCCACCCCAAUUUUCCUUUUAAUUUUUUUUGAGUGGAGUAGGAUGUGUCUACCGGUUAGUAUUCUUCAUUUAGUGGGUCAGAUAAUUCACCCCUCCUUAAUGGGCAUAAAUAUAUUAAAUCAAAAUGUUAACAUACAGUAUUGAUUAUUGUAAAUUAAAAUAAAUUAUGUUAAUCAACGUGUAGAAUAUAUUGCUUCUGGUGCAUAUUAUUGGAGAUGCAGGGGAGAGUGAGAGAAUUUGCAACCGUUCCCCAGAUUUGUUCACUGACCGAAGGAGGAUAAUGUGCCUUUUCUUUCUUUUGACACAGGGAGGGGGUAUUUCUGGUAGGGUGAGAUAAUUUUGUCCUCCUCACACCAUAUAUUCAUUUAUUGGAUGGGGAAAGCGGUGGUGGCAAUUGACAGGGUUUUUCAUUAUUGGGAGAAAUGGACUCAUAUUAAUUUAUUGGGAGGGGGAGAUCAACAUAUUGGUAAAAAAAAGAAAGCUGGGGGGGAGAAAUUGACAUGUUCUCUGAGGAGAGUGUAUGCUAUGUAUUAUUUCUUGCACAGAAAAUGUGUUUAUUUUUGAGUAGGGGACCGAUGCACUUAUUUAAUCCGCAUGCUUCAAAAGCAUAAAUGCUUUGAUUUCUGGUGGUGGUGAUAAGCAGGGGUCUCUUUUUCUCUGUCUUGAGGGUGGGAGAAAUAAUUCAUACAAAGGGAAGAAAUUAAAGGGAGGGGGAGAAUGUUUCCACAGAAAAUCUCCCCCCCCCCCCAUUUUAGAAUGUAAUUUAGAUUUUCAGUCUGCUCCAUCCCAAAUGAAAUAAUGGCUAGAGGAAAUGCCAUUGAUGAAUUCUCUUCAUUUUGAAAAGGGGGGGGCAGGUGCUGCAACUGGCUCUGUGGAAGCAUUACUCUGUGUGUACACACAUACACACACGGGUCCUUUUCCAUUCCUUUCCUUGCCCCAUACAGAAAAUGCUUUGGGGAGUGAGUAAGGAGGUUUCUUCUUCUCUUGUCACUCCCAUUCUCCACCCCACCUUGCAAGCAUUUCCCCUGGGAGGUAGAAAUGGCCUUGCAAAGCCAAGCCCUGAACUCUUCUCCUGCUCCACCAUGCCUAGAGCAAAAAGAGAUUUGCUCUCUCUUCCCCAGUGUGCUCAAAGGAUAAUUCCCCUCCUUGAGGCCAGUGUCAUCUUCAACCAUCACCACUGGACCUCACACAUUCGCACCCAUAGAUAUCCAUACAUGCAGCCUGCCUUGAUGCUAUUACCUGCUGCCUGCGUUCAUAUUUUGGUAGGGAAAUACAGCUUCAAAAGGUGCCUUAAACAAUAAAAGCAGCAUUCCUGGAACAGAUGCCCCUCCCCGAGUAAGUGUAAUGGGAAGGGAACAUGAUGCUCCCCCCCCCCCCCCACAGGAGAUGCCCCUCCCUAAAGUUGCAAUUCCCCCCUUUUUACAGGGAUGCUCAUUCCUGUCCUUUUCCAUGUCAGUCUGUCUUACACUUUGCUUGGUCCCUGCUUCCCCAAAUUUCUCAUUUAUCCCUUAGGGCACAGUGCCCUCCCCCCAAUUGAAAUGUCCAGGUACCAUUUUGGCCCCCUUGGGUGGCUUUUCCCCAAAAUGCUGCUCUGGGCUUAAGGUGCUCUCAAAUCCCCUCUCCCCCCGGAGUACCUUCAGUGUUUCAGAGGCACCUUACACACCAAAAGGCAUGUGCUUCUAUUUCAGGUCUGAUGGGGAGUUUGCUUUGUAAGAUUAGGCGCCAUCCUCUUUGGAUGAAGUAAAGAGGAUGUCCUCUUUUUUGCCUUAUCAUUGGGCCUAGUUAAAAAUGGUUUUUCUUCUGCUUUGAGGGAGAGAAGUGGGGUGGUGGCGAUGACAGUGCAAUUUAUAUAUGGGUCCCCUCUUGUUUCACCCUGUUGGAGAAAAAAGUGAAGGGCAGAGUGUAACCUGUGCUGUGUCCUUUGCCCCCUCUUUAUCUCUCCCUCCCUGGUGCUUGGGCGGUGCCUUUCCCAUGAAUUCAUCUGCUGUGCCCUCCCUACACCCCCACCAACCCCACCCACAAUCACCUACCGUACCCUCUCUUAAUCUGCCUCAUGACAGGGCAAGGAACUGUCUUCAUUGUAAAGGGCUGGCCUUAAGAUUACAUUUUGGGGGGAUGUAAAUGAUCUGCAAGGCUUCCACCCCAUCUAACACACUUUUGCAGGGUGGUAUGGUAUUACAGGGAGAAAGCUCGAAUCAGAUAUGUAGGUUAACCAGUAGGCAAAUCUUUCCCUAGGGUUAUUUCUCUCUCCCCUCACCCCGUCCACUAUUAUACAUUAUUCUCUCAGGUGAGAGAAAGGCGUGCAAUUUGGAAAGACCGGUGACUUCAAUCUCUCGCAAUCUUAGUAUUUAUCUAGGUUAGCUUUUUAAAAAGGGGGUUAAGAUAGGAUGACGUGCUGUUAAUUUGUAUGUUUUAAAACGACAGCUGUAAAUGGAACAGUUCUUAAAUUGUGCAAGUAGGGUAUUUUUUUUAAAAAAAAUACAGGUGGCCUCUUUGAGUGUUCAAUAAGUAAAAGGGGAAAAAAGAGAGAAAUCUUUGAUGUGAUCUUGCAAACAAAGCGAUCGUAGGAGGCAGUAUCAAGUCAUUCCAGAAGAUUCUGCAUUUGUCAUAUUGCAGAGAGGCUAGACUGGGUGGAGAGAGGGAGGGAGGGGUUGCUUUAAAGAGGAGAACGGUUCUUUAUAUUUGUCUUGUUAGUCAGGUCUGAGCCUUUAAGAGAAGCCAGCGUGGCCUCUGUCUCUGAUGAAUAGUAAAUACUGAUCCAGAAUUGUCGCAGUCUUGCCUGGGAUGCUGCUGUCUCUCCCUGAUUGCACCAUUUUGUCGUAACCGUUCGUUUGUCAAGCAUGUGAAACUGCUGAAGCUUAGCUAGGAGCAGAAGAAGAUGCAGCUAGCAGCAUAAUUAGGGUGGGGAAUCAGCCUAGUGGCACGGUAGUACUGUGUUAAUAUUUGAGCAUCCCUCUCUGCAGGACGAUUUGAUGUCACUCAGUGCUUACAGAGUAAUCUCACUGAAUGCAAGUGUUAAAACUCUGUUUUUUUUUAAGAUGUGCAUUUCAUUUUAUGACUACCUGAAGACUGAUACUUUCAGCAACUCUCUAUUUCUGUUGCUUUAUUGCUGUAAUUGCCUUAAAUGUACCUGAGCAAAUAAAUCUGUGUAAAGAAGUAGAAACGCUAAUCUCUUCUAAAACAGUAGCCUGGGAUGUUACAGCACUUCGAGUCCAGCUGUGUUAGUAUCUGGGUUGGGUGUUUUUUUUUUGAAAUCUUUGCUCACUGCUUCCUCCUAGGGCCAACACAAAGAUCUGGCCUGCUGUACUCGGAAAAGAAAAUUUAAAGCCCAUCUUAAUGGACCGGGGCUGAGUCAACGCUUGAUAUUUUUCUCCAUCUCCUUUUGCCACUGUGCAACACUAUUUCCCUCUACCCUACUUCCAGCUGUGUGGGAGACUUAUGACCUCGCACUCAUUUCCGUAGCAACUCAAUGAUGUCACGCGUAAGAGUAGAAGCUGCAGUGCACCCAGGUGGUAGCAGAGAGUGUACAAAUGGCAUUUGUCCAAGGUAAUGCAGAAAUGUAGUGAUUGAAUUUGGAUUGACACCUCUCCUGUUGGAACGGACAGUGGAUUUUAGGUCCUCAUUCGUUUCUGCUUUCACAACUAAUGCACUUAAUUGCCUUUAUUGCCAUCUAUACCGUAGUUAACCAUUCACUUUUUUGCAGUAAGCAUUCAUUAUUAGGUCUCUUCUAACAUCUCCCCAAAAUUUCUUCUCCACUGCUACAGUUAAAUGCACCCACAGCCUAAUAGUUAGUCUGAGCCUUUAGACCAGGCAUAGGCAAACUCCGGCCCUCCAGAUAUUUGGGACUACAAUUCCCACCAUCCCUAACUAAGAGGACAAGUGGUCAGGGAUGAUGGGAAUUGUAGUCCCAAACACCUGGAGGGCCGGAGUUUGCCUAUGCCUGCUUUAGACUGUAUCCUGAUUGUAGUUUGUGGUUACUUUCUAAGACAACUUGUCAGCAUGGACAACUAUGGCUUAUUGAAGACAGUGCACAAAAUGGUGGUGCUGGUAUGUGUCCUCUUUCACCUGAAUGUAAGAAGAGCCAUGUUGGACCAGACCAAAGCCCCUCUAAUCCAAUGCUGUGCUUUCUACAGUGGUCAACCAAAUGCCUACAGGAAGCCCACAAGCAGGAGCUGAGCACAACAGCACUUUUUUCACUCCUGAAUGCCCAGCAGUGGGCAUUCAGAUGCAUGCUGCCUCUGUUCCCUGAAGGUAGCAUACAGUGAUCAGGAUUGGUAGCUCUCGAUAGCUUUAUCUCCCAUGAAUUUGCUGAAGCAUUAAUUUGCUGGGCAGUGUGUAUGUACUGUCCAGAUGGAAGAGCUCAGAAGCAUGACCCCCUCUUCAAGACUUUGCUGUAUCUGUUGGCUGGUCAAAUAUUAAGGCAGUUGGGUUAGUAUGAAGGCAACUCGCUGCCAUGAAUUGUCCUCUGCUGAAAUGGAAGGACCACGGCAUAUAUUCUCCUGCCCAGACAGUGGCAUUGGCAGAAUUUCUUUAAGGUAGCAAUUGGCACACUUGCUAGUCUAAAAGAUAUCAGGACAUGUGUUUAAGAGGUUAAUACAGUUUAGUUCGUCCCUUAGCACACCUGGCAAGUGCUGGUUAAAAGUACCUCUUCAGCCUUGCCUUUGAUGCUUGAGAUGGCUUUAUUUGGGACCCACCUUAUUUCUGUGAUUGCAAGUUGCUUUACACUGUUUGUGAGAUUCUGUGUUGUAAUUGUUGCAACCCACCCUGGGGCCUUAGGUAGAGGGGGUGGGGAAUAAAUCUUCGUCGUUAAAGGUUGGGGGCCUGCCAUUGCUUGCAAGAUUCCCCGUGCAUAGGAUUCUGAUUUGCUUUGAGUAUAAAAGGUGAUAGCUGUUUUACAACUGGAAUGAAAGGGUGGUUUGUGCAAGAGCCUUUAAACUGAGAAGGAUGCCCCCCCCCAACCACAAGAAAAAUCCCCCAAGUUUUAGAAUCUAAAAUUUAGAGGCGUGAUAUGUUAAAAGCAUGUUUGAUGUGGAUGCACCAGCAGUUCUGCUUCAGGAUCGACUCCCAUGGCCUGCCAUACAGCUGCCUAUUGCAGGAUGCCUAGAUCAAUAUCCAUUAGUUGUAAUGGAGAUAAAGCCUCGCCCCACCCUGACUCCUUGCAGUCCCUCUAGAGCUGGAAGUCUUCCCAGCUCCUAGUUAAUAAGAACUGCACCAUGCCUAGGUGUGACAUCUAGCUUUGAUGUGCUCUAGCUGGAUAAUUUAUGGAAUUUAUUCAGAUUUCAUUCAAAAGUGCAGGGUAAAUUAAAGACCAGGGGCCUUUAUUUUUUUAGUAUCUUCCUCUGAAAUAAGGAAAUGCAGUCACUGCUAGCUUUGCAGAGUUGUUGUUUUUUUGUAUGCAUUGAAUGCCAGUGUCCUUUAAACCAGUGUUCCACAAAGUGGUGGUCCACAGACUGGUGCUGGUCUGCAAAGCAUUGAGCUGUUGGUCCAGGGCAGCUCCACCACAACCCAGAUUGGGUGACAUAUUUUGGGUACCAAAUAUGGUACCAGUCCCUGGGGCAUGGGUGGGUGUUGCUGGUCCACCACAUUGGAUAGUUUGAAAAGCAUUGCUUUAUACCACAAUGAGGUAAAAUCUUAACAGGCUUCAUUGACCUCAAUACUAGUACCACAUCUUGAUUCCGCCUCCUACGUUCAAAGCUGUUAUUUCAGUGUAUUAGUUGCUUGCUUCACCAAGUGUAUAAAGAUUUAUAAAGAUUUUAAACCUUAAAAGCCUAUUUUAAAAUCAGGGAGGAGAAGAGAACCAUUGCAGUGCAGUAAAAGCCAUACAAAAAUUAUUAUUAUUUCUUGAAUUUUUAUAUCGCCCUAUAUACCCUAGGACAAAUCCCUAGAACAAGUCCAGUAAAACAGCACCUGAAAUGUUGCUGUAAAUCUUAACCAAUAUUAGUGGCUAGUCAUAUCCCCUAAAGGUGCUGCCCUAUUUCCAGCGUUUGGGAGAAAGUGCUAACAAGCGAUACUCAUCCUUUGGGAUGAGAAGUACGAGGAAACCUUUUUCGAAUGUUUCUCUGUGGCCAAGUGUCCAAAAUGUAAUAAUAGCAUUAGGGCAAAGUGUGAUGUUACAAGUGACCUUUAAUGCACCCAUACGCCGAGAGCGCUGCAGCUCUACAAAGAUAGAUCAGAAAGCUGCCCUUUGCGGCUACCAGUCCGUUAGGUCAGGAAGCAAAACGCCACGGGGAGUGGCCAGCCUUGGCCGCCAGCCAGUGGUUCAUUCUUGCCAGAAUGGGAUCGUCCAUGAAGAUGAAAGUUCUCUGAGAUGGAAAACCUUCAGAACUUUCUUUCUGUGCUGAGAAGUCAGUUGAGGCCCUGGGUAGUAGGAGCACAUUAUAGGAUCACUUCCCUCUUAAGAGUAACCAGUAAGUAGAUUGUAUGGAUGAAGCAGUGAUUGUGAACAAGAAGCAGGCCUCUUUCUUUGUCUUCUACCCUGCCCAAAGAUGCCAUUAUUAUUAUUAUUAUUAUUUAUUAUUAUUAUUCCAAGUUGGGAUUCAGGACAGCUUGCAACAUUUAAAAACAUGAUAAAAUGCAAAAUAAUAACAAACUAGCUAGAAGCAAUAAUUAGAAUACAUCAGAGACAAGCAAUUUCCUCUGACAGCAGCCCCUAGUGAUCAGCCCUGUCUGCUUCUCAGUUUCCAAAGGCCUGUUUGAGCAGGAGAGUUUUAGUCUGCCAGCAGAAGGAUAGCAAAGAGGGAGCCAGUCUCACUUCUCUUGGUAGGGAAUUCCACAAUACCAAGAGCAGCCACAGAAAAGGCUCUUUCCUGUGUCACCCCUAACCAUGCCUCUGAUGUUGAUGGGACCGAGAGAAGGUGCUCACCUGAGGAUCUCAGCACCUGGGCAGGUUUAUAUAGGGAGGCCUUUUAGGUCAUCUGUUGCUGGGUAAUUUGAGGGAAAGGUUUUUGUGUAGAUGAAGAGGGGGGGAAAUAGUUGCAAAGUCAGCUUGACUUUAUGUGGUUUCUAAAAAUGGCAGUGGGUUAAUUAUUUAAUGCAGGAAGAUGGCAGGUUUGGGUUUUUGAGGAAUGAAGGAAACCAACAGCAACAGUGACUGGCCUGGUCUAGCGAUACAUUUUAUCCACUUGGUAGUAUUAUUCCUUUUUAACGUUUUAUGCUUUAGCUUUGCUGAAAUGCUCCGUUGUCCUUCAGGCAUCUUUAAUGUUUUCAUAGUUUGCGUGACAUUCUGUAGGCUGCACUGUCCUCUCUAACUUACUGAUGGCACUCUGUUGAAGUGAAUGCUGAACAAAGAUUGUAUUUAGCUUCCCUCCCAGCUAUGUAGCCCUGGUUCCGCAGAUCACAAAGCUUUCUGGCCUUUGGUGUCUUGAUACUUCAGUAAUUGGUCAUACCUCUAGACCAGGAUGGCCCAAAAUCUCAAUGCCAAGUAGGCUGCAAGAGUCCUUCAACAUGAAACCUGUGGGCCUCCUGCUGUUAGGGGAGGAGUAAGGCCAAAAUUGGAUGCCCCAACCACCAGGCAUUUGGAAGGCAGGGUCCUAGAGUCCUUCCACUUUCUCCCCAAAGCUGGGAAAGUGCUAACUAGACUUUGGGAAGGAGGUGGGAGGACUCUAGGACCCUGUCAAGAGUCCUCCUGCCUUCUUCCCAAAGCCCAGCGCCAAAUGUUUCUGAGGGCUGCCCAAAAAGGCAUCGAGGGCCACAUGUGGCCCCUGGGCUGCAUAUUGGACCACCCUGCUUUAGAAAGCAACCUCACUUAAGUGCCCCUUUCAGCCAGGUAUAUUGAGAGGAACCCUUGGCCCUCCAGAUGUUGCAGAACUACAGUUUGCAUCAUCCCUGGACAUUGACCAUCCUUGCUGGACUGGGGGGAGUUGGAGUUCAGCAACAUCUGUAGCACCAAUGUUUUCCCCCACCUGCUUUAACCCCUAGCUGUGUGUGCACCUUUAAAACAUAGCUAAGUUUAACAGUGGUUUAAAGUGACAUGUCUACUGGGCCCUUACGUUGGGUGGGCCAGAAGAACUGCAGCAGACUGUGCUGAAAGGAGAAGCACUGGUCAGCUCCUAUUUAGGUAGAAUGCAAUAUCCAAAAUUGAUUCCUCAUUAUGAUACAGCAUUUGCCUUUUUACCUGCUAUAUUCUCAACCAUGUCUGCACAUGGGUGGCUUUUGAUUGCUCAUUCUUUGUUCCUGUUCUACACUCUGAGGAGGAAGAGACAUUCCUAGUAUGUUAACUUUGUUAUUAGCAAGAGCAUGAAAUGCUUCUGCAAACUAAUGAACAAGCUUGAAAGAGCUGAUUGUCUGCUUCAAAUUUCAGAGUGACAUUUUCCCUCCCCCCCCCCCUGCAAUGGACUAUCAAACCCCUAGAAAUGGGUUUCAGAACUGCCUAAGUUUUAUUGGGCAUAUGUAUAGCAAUCUUUUGCCUGGAAGUGUGGGAAAGGACGUACCAAAAUACACAAGCUUUGAGCCUCAUGUUGAAAACACACAAGCCUUGAGAAUUGUUGAGAAUUCCUGACAUUAGAAUAUAUGAGUGGCACAGAAAUCUGCUCAGUCCCAUAUUGUUAACAUCUAGUGUGUCGGCUCAGUUAAACCUCUUGUGAAUAUAAAAUCUUGGAUGUAUCUUACUGAAUAAUUCACUUUUUAAAAAAAAAGGGUUCAGGGCAUUCUAAACUGUAGGCCCAUUUAAGUGUGUGCUGGAUGCAUACAUAAAUGGCAUCUGUGGAAUAAAAUGGAAGCUUCUGUUUGAAGUGGCAUCAGUGUUAGAAAUCAGCCAGGUGCGUUUUGCAACAGGCGUUGUUCCACUUGCGACCACGUGGAGAUCUCUGGAUGCCAGAUUGGCAACUGACGUCUCCAUCUGGUUGGCUUCUCCAGCUUUCUUAAGCAGGUAAGCAGAAGAGUUCAUUUAUUGCAUUUAUAUCCCACCUUUUUCUCUAAGGAGUACUGGUUCACUCCCCUCCUUUGUUAAUCCUGACAAUGAGGUAGGUUAGGAGGCUGUGAGUGACUCCAAGGUCACCCAGUGGGGAUUUGAACCCUGAUCUCCCAGGUUCUAGUCUGACACUCUCAUCACUAUAGCACACUGGCUUCCUAGAGUCCUUCUGCUACUGGCAGCUCUAUAAAUUAAGUAGCUAAAUAAAUAAAUAUGGGGAAAGCAAAGUGUCACUUAGAGAAGGAUCUGAAAUCUUUCCCUUGAAUUGGUUUUAUUCUGGAUUGUUGUAUUUGAUAUUUUAAUGUGCUGUAAACCGCAUUGAGGUCUUGUCUUUAAAAUACAGAGUGUAAAUGAAAUGAAUAGCAAUAGCAACAACAAAUUUCACUGGGGGGGAAAUGGCGCCUAGGCGUUCUGCUGUGGUGACCGUAACCUAGGUUUAAGGUGCCAUUUGGCGGUUAGCUUAUACAGUGGUACCUCAAGUUACAUACGCUUCAGGUUACAUAUGCUUCAGGUUACAGACUCUGCUAAUCCAGAAAUAGUACCUCAGGUUAAGAACUUUGCUUCAGGAUGAGAACAGAAAUCGUGCAGUGGUGGUGCAGCAGUGGUGCUACAGUGGUGCUUCAGGUUAAGAACAGUUUCAGGUUAAGAACAGACCUCCGGAACGAAUUAAGUACUUAACCCGAGGUACCACUGUAUAUCUUGAGUUUCCAACACUGAGUGCAAUCGGUUGGUUUUAGAACUGACUUCUGUGUUCUGGCUGCGAUGUUGCUCACCCCUUAAAAGUGGAGCCACGCCCCACUUGGGAUAAAGUCUUAAUUUCGCAAACAGCUGAUUGAGGCAGCUGCGCUGGUGCUGAUGGGCGGGGCUCCCUCAGGGCUGGCAGGAGGACAAAGGGAUGUAGGGGGCUGUGUUGCUUGAACACCUGAAGCCUGCCUGAUCACCGAGGCACCGCUUGGCUUUAGCUAAUGAUCCAGGUCAUAAAUGUGCAGAGCCAGGCUAUUAAGUGGAAAUGUGUAGGCUUAAAAUUAUUAUAGGCCAUUGAACUUGGAGACUUUUACAGGCAGGCAGAUUCCCUUCCCUUCUCCAUAGUAGCAGCACAGCUUAAAGCUUGAACAGAAUAUACUGCUGCAUCUCCCCGCCCCCCAAAAAAUAACAAAAAAUAAUUGUCCUUCUUCACCCCAUCUGCCUCCCUCCCCUUUGGUUUCAGAUAGUACAUGGGUAAAGGUAAAGGGACCCCUGACCAUUAGGUCCAGUCGCGGCCGACUCUGGGGUUGCGCCGCUCAUCUUGCUUUAUCAGCCGAGGGAGCCGGCGUACAGCUUCCAGGUCAUGGGGCCAGCAUGACUAAGCCGCUUCUGGCAAACCAGAGCAGCGCACGGAAACGCUGUUUACCUUCCCGUCAGAGCGGUACCUAUUUAUCUACUUACACUUGACGUGCUUUCAAACUGCUAGGUGGGCAGGAGCAAGGACCGAGCAACGGGAGUUCACCCCGUCGCGGGGAUUCGAACCGCCGACCUUCUGAUCGGCAAGUCCUAGGCUCUGUGGUUUAACCCACAGCGCCACCCGCGUCCCAGUACAUGGGUAGAAGAGUCUAAAAAGCCCGGGACACAAAUUUUCACAGCCAUCUAACGGCUAUGGUGCCCCAUAUACCAGAAGUAAUGUUAACUCUGGAAGCAUAUACUUGAUUCUGACCAAACUAAACCUCCUAAGCUAGCACUAGCCAGUGUGGUGUAUUGAUCAGAGUGUUGGAUUAGGGGCUAGAAGACUAGGGUUCAAAUGCUUUACUUGGCCUUGAAGCUCGAUGGGUGACCUUGGACCAGGCACUGCCUCUCGGCCCAACCUACCUCUCAGGGUUGUUGUGCGGAUAAACUGGGGAUGGGGAUAACUGUGUACACCGUCUUGAGUUACUUGGUGGGAUAUGAAUACUUCUGCAUCUUUUGUCUUGCACCAGAGUCACAAUGAGAGCUGAGCUACACUUUUUGGGAGUGUUCAGCUGCAAGUAAAAAUAAAAAGGAAGAAUAAAGCUGUCCAUCAGCAAUGACCACCAGCCUUGUAAAGACAGCAAAAGUUUCUAGCCUGUAAAGGAUUUACUGUCCUGCAGUGGUGGGGAUCUCCUGUAGCAGCCUGGUGCAUUGCUAUGCUGGAGGAGGUUUAUCUUUUUGAUAGUUGCCCUCCCUUUUAUAUUGCACACAGAAGCGGUCAGCCCGGCCUCCCAUCAGGUCGCUUUCCUGAGUGCAAUUCCGGGUUUGGCUACCUGGCAAGUGGAUAGAUACAAGGUUUUCUUAGGCAGCAAGCAGAUACUGCCUGAUGGGUAAUGUGAAAAUGUCAGCAAAAGCCAGAUUUAGUCAAGCUUUUAACUAUGCAAUACUGUUGCUAUGGAGAAUGACUUGCUGGGCUGUUGUAGUCUUAAGUAAACACUUCCUCCUUUAUUCGCGUGACAGAACCAGUUGCUUGAAUGAGCGCUGUGUCAUAAACUGGUUGUGUGAUCUCCAGCUUGUGCGUGUGAUAAAAGAUGGUCUAGGCCAGGCAUGGCCAAAAUUGGGUUUCCAGCUGUUUUGAACUACAAAUCCCAUCAUCCCUAGCUAACAGGACCAGUGAUCAGGGGUGAUGGGAGCUGGUGAUGGGAAGCAAAUAACUUAAGAGGUAUUGUUUUAAAGAAAAAGUGACGGGGUUUUUAGUGCAGAACAGUGUAUUCUUCUCAGGCUGAAAGUUCCACACCAAUCUUGUUAACCAUGUGAUGCUGACCAAUCGUGAGACACCUUUGUACUGUUGGUGAUCGUUUCGAUGUUGCCAAUAAGCAGAUAGUCCUUGUAGGAAUGGUGGAAUUGGGGCAUUCAUUUGUACAUGGGGGGGGGUUCCUCCUCAAGAAUGUCCCAAAUAGACGAAUGGUAAUACAGUAAAAACAAGCCAAUGCAAAAUUGUGCUGUGACAGCUAUUUAAAUUAUUAUAUGCCGUACCUUUACUCUUAUUUGGUGUCUGCCCCCUGAUUUACAGGUAAACUGUGAGUCAAAUGAAUUUUAUGAAACUUUUUUUUUUUUUUUAAAGAAAUUGAAAGCUUUCUGCGGAAAAUUGUAGCAGUAAAAAAAAAAAUGUAGUCAUAAAAAAACACUUUUCCCUACCUCUGUGUGAAUAGUAAAGGAAGAGGCAGGGUCUUGAAGGCAGCUGGCCAGUGAAAGCAGGUGAGCAUAAGAAAAAUUUGGGAAGAGGGGAGAUGACUGGGGUGGAAGAGAAGGUUUGGGGUGGGAAAUGGCAGGAGAGGAGAAGGUCACAUAGUUGGGAGCUGCAGAACAGCAGAAAUGAGGAGGCUGGGCCUCCCUGUAAUGGAUAACUAACCAUACAUUGUCUGCAGGUUUCUGUAAAUGUACAGUACAGUAACAUUGCAGAAUAGCAGUGUCAGCUGACAAGAUUCAGCUCCUUAUGAAGACUUUUGAUGAUGCAAGGGAAUGUCUUGGUCCGUUUCGUGGAAUCAUGAACAGUGAUGAACCUUGGAAGGAAAUUCAGGAAUCUCCCUUGGGAGGAAAUUCAGAAUUGCUCCUAAGAAGACCCUUAAUAAUAAUUGGUUUCUGACACCUUGUGAGGGGUUGGCACCCAGAGAGCUCAUACGGCAGGAGUAUGUAUGGUCUGCUGUCACCCUGGUUAUUUCCUAUCAAGUUGAGAUGUUCCUUCAGACAAGCUGGCUGUGUCUUAGGCUAGCUUCUGAACACUUUCAAGGGGGAGAAAAUGUAAAGUGUGCUACAGUGGCCCAAUCCUUGGUAGUUGGCCAGAGGAGUGACACUAGAAACACUGGUAGGUAGAGCAUUCUUCUCACUUUCCAGAGGUCCAGGCUAAAAGGUGGGUGUUUCUCUGAAGUGUAGCUACAUUUCUUGGAAUUUCUUGCCUGUUAGGCUUUCAUUGUUGUCCCCUCUCUUUGUUGACUGCUUAGCAUGUUUUGGUAUUAAGCAGUGUAUAUAAAAAUAUAAAAUAAAUAAUAAUAAAUAAGCCACACUAAAUUCCCAGCUAGCAAACAACAUAAAGCCACUACAGCAUUUUAAAGGCCGACUUUGCAUGUUUUCUGGUUUUAAAACAUUUCAUAGCCUGGUAAAUAAACACCUAAAAGCGUGAGGAAAUCAAACAGCCAAGUACCCCGUUGUUCUUAAAUAAGGUGGGUGUGUCUUAUAGCUGCAAGCUGAAUUUGGAGCAAUUACUUUUUUACAUUCAAGAGUCCAGAGGAUAUUGAAAUACUCUGAUGUUGAGUAUUUCAAUUCACUGCCAACUUCAAUUUUGUUUUCCUCAAAUCUCAGAAUGCUCUUUCUGCUGCCAGUGUUUCUGGAAAAUUAGGCCUCUAACCCUUUAGCAGUUCCCAAAUUAAUGCUCUCAGUGUGAGGUCAUAUAGAAUUCUGGGUUGGGUAGGGUAGAUCAGAUGCCAUUAAAUACCAUGGGAUGGGUUCCUAGAGCAGUGAAUCAAGGUCUAAGUUUGGAUAACUGACUAACUUCAGAAUGAAGUCUUAGAGGAUGGGACUUCUGUCAGUUAAGUGAUAGAGAUGCAUAUAAUUUGCAGGUUUAGAAGAGGGUUCCUGCUCUGACCUGCAUUAAAUUCAGCUUCACCUCUUCCAUUUGCAAAGGCAAAAAACUUCAUUCUUCCCAAGCAAUAAACACCUGCAUGUCAUGAUUCAUUUUUCCUUGGUUCUGAACUUUCGAAAUUGAGACAAGGCACUUCUCUGUUCAGGCAAGCUUCCAAAUAUUUUAUUUAAUGUACUCACUAAGUCAAAUUCGCGUGCUCAUUAGUUAAUGGUUAAAUAUCUAAGAAGUGUUCAGUAAUAUAUUCAUUAUCCACUAGUUACAUUUGUGGUUUAGUGGAUUAGAGUCAGAUUUAGUCGGGGCGACUUUGAUUCAGUUAACUGCUUCACUACAAAAUUCAUUAGAUGACUCUGCUUGAUGCAGCCUCUCUUGGAAUUAAUUGGAUAAAUUGGGGUAUCCUUCAUCCCAUCCACCAGAAGAGAAUGAUGAAGACCAUGAGAUGUUUACUUGCCCUUUCUGUGAUAUUUGUCAUGAAAAGUAGCAGUGAAAGUAAGAGCCAUUGCCCAAAUCAUGUUAUGCAUGAAGGAAAUUUUGACCUGCAUAUCUCAAGAGGGCAGAGAGGGAAUUUUGUCUAGAAAAACUCAAGCGGUAGUAGACAGUAGCUGUGCUCAAUGCACAAGCACUUGUCUCAGUAUGGCAACCAAUGUGAGGGAGCAGCCCUCGGCUUAGGAAAGAACAUAUCUUCAAGAUUUCUGAAUCGGGAAUGGGCUUUGAUUUAAGCAACCGAGAUCUGCAUUUGCGAUCUUGUAGGACAAUGCAACACUAAUUAGCACGGGAAUUGUCACUUAAUACGAAUAGGUUACAAUUGUUCUAAUUGAUUGGAGUUUUUUCAUUCAGGGAGAGAACUAUUAAAAUUACUCAUCCCCUCUGAUGGAAUCAUUGGCAUGCUCGGGUCUGACUCAUUCCUGCGCCUACUCAUAAGUUCUUCAGAUGUUGGUUUUCUGUCAUGAGCGCAUUUCUGCCCCUUUGAACAAAGAUAGUAACUGUGCCAGAGGCCCUCAGUGUUUUCUAGGAAUGGUGAUCUUGAGGUGGAACAGGAACUCCCAAAAGCACGCUGUCUUUUCUCCUAAAAACACUUGAUUCUAAGAAUGUGCUUGCGGCAAGCUGCAAGAGCCUUAAAACAUGGUCAUAUCCAGUGUGGGGGAAUCAUUUGCUGUAGGAACUCAGGUUAGAAUAACAAAAGCAAAAUGACUACAGGAAAUAUUAAUUGCUGUUAAUUACCACCCUCUGACUGUGUGCUUGUACUCCUUUGAGCUUCUCUGAUCAUGUGAGACUUCAGCUUUGCCGUUGCAUCAUUCUGUUGCCAGUGAAUUAACACUCACCUGCUUUUAUACAACUAUCUCUUCGUAUAACAUAGUGCAGAGGAACGGCCUUCUCAAAUUGACAGAUGUAGCACAGCAGGCCGUAAUAAUAAGUCUUGCCUAUGGUGCCAGCCCCUAGGUGCGUGGAUGCGAAACCUAAUGAAGCGGAAGGCUGUAAAGAUGGUAGGAUCAUAGAAUUGUAGAGUUGGAAGGGACCUCAAUAGUCAUCUAGUCCAACCCCCUGCGGUGCAGGAAUCUCAGCUAAAGCAUCCAUGACAGAUGGCCAUCCAACCUCUACUUAAAAGCCUCCAAUGAAGGAGAGUCCGCAACCUCCUGAGGGAGCCCAUUCCACUGUCAGACAGCUCUUACUGCAGAAAGUUCUAACUAAUGUUUAGUCAGAAUCUCCUUUCUUGUAACUUUAAGCCAUUGUUUUGACUCCUACCCUCCGGAGCAGGACUAAAGAAGCUUGCUCCAUCUUCCACGUGACAGCCCUUAAGAUAUUGGAAGAUGGUUGCCGUAUUUCCUCUCAAUCUCUUCUUUACCAGGCUGAACACACCCAACUCCUUCAAGCGCUCCUCAUAAGGCUUGGUUUCCAGUGGGUGCAAGUUAUUGGUACCCACUGAUUAACUUAAAAUGCAAAAGCCCCCUGUUUAUAUUGUGGACCAGUUAACUCCAUAAUUAUUGGGUCGCCUGCUUUGGGUGUGCAUAUAGUCCUCCCUGUGCUCUGUGUGUGUGUGUGUGUCAUUGUUUUGUUAUUAUGUUUUGACUUGAUUUUAUAAUGAAAUGAUUUUAGAAUGUUGUAUCAUUUUAAUGUUGUUAGCCGCUCUGAACCCGGCUUCGGCUGGGGAGGGCGGGAUAUAAAUAAAAUUUAUUAUUAUUAUUAUAACGUAUUUUUGUGUUUUUAUAUUGUAAAUUGUCUUGGGGUCCUCUGAUGAAGAGGGGUAUAGAAAUUUAAAAUAAUAAUAAUAAUAGAGUGGGUGUGUGCAAAAGGCAGCAAAGCUGAGUUUUUAUCAUUCAGCGCAUUGUUAAAACGAUGGAGCUCGCUCCCACAGGUGGCAUGGAUGGCUUCCAAAGAGGGUUGGACAUCCGUCAUGGAGGAGAAGGCCAUUGAUAACGUCUAGCCAUGAUGAAGGCUGUGCCCGGCCUCCGCAAUGGGAGGCAUCAAUGCUUCUGAAGGACAGUUGCUGGAAACCACAGGAGGGGAGGGGGCUCUUGUGCUCAGAUCCCGCUUGUGGGUUUCCUACAGGCAUCUGGUCAGCCACUGUGAGAACAGGAUGUGGGAAUCGAUGGGCCACUGGCUUGAUCCAAAUGGCUUUUCUUACAUUCUUAUUUUCUCCAGCAUAAAUGCCCAGACCAUGGGUCAGCAAACUAAGGCCCACGGACCGGAUCAUGCCCAGUUGCCUUCUGGAUCUGGCCCGCGAAUCACCACGUGGAUCUCCAGCGCGUGUUCUUUCCCUCUCCUUCCCUCUCCCUCACACGGUGGCAGCGCCUCCUUCCAUAGAUUAUCAACGGCAAAGGUUGCAGUUAUUCCAUUUGCUUUGCCUACUUUAAAACAGUUCAUUCAAAACUUUUUACAGAAUGUGAGUGAACUUAAUGUCCUGCCAAAGUCUUGAGGCUUUCCCAAAAAGAAAGGCCAUCAAGAAACUUUGCAUGAAGCACUUGAACAGGUGGAGAGAACUUUUGAAGUUCUGGUGGAGGUGAAUUGACUAUAACUGUACUCUGGCUAGUUACACUAAAACUCCCAAGACUGAUCCCUCCUUGAUUUGUCUGGGGGAAGAGUAGGAUUAGGCAGUUGCAACUUUAAUAGUUCCUGAAAUUAGAGCAGAAAUCCCUUUGAAAGGGGGCUGGUAACUGUAUCUCUAUGACAGGCUUAGCAUCAGACCAUCAUGUUGGGCUCUUGAGAGAUACUCAGUUACACAGAGUAGGAUGCCAGGCUUGGCCGUUUCUCAACCGGUCCUUAAAGCUUUAGUAUGUUCAGUACAGUCAUACCUCGGGUUACGAACGCUGCGGGUUGCGUGUUUUCGGGUUGCGGACCGCACCGAACCUGGAAGUACCGGAACAGGUUACUUCCGGGUUUUGGUGCAUGUGCAGAAGCACAAAAUGACGUCACGUGCAUGCGCAGAAGCGCCAAAUUGCGUCACUGCAGUUUGGCCUCCCGCACGGAUCACGUUUGCAACCCGAGGUAUGACUGUAUUAUGGUUUGAAGCUAAACUGCUGAUUGGAAAAGCUACUUGUCUGGUAUGUUUUUUAUCCUGACUCAACAAAAAAGCACCAGAGGUCUCCCUGCUUUGUGGGACUUUAUUUGCCAGUGAACAUGCAGAGCAUUAGAGACAUCCCAGUCAUGCAGUUACCUGCCUGAUGCAGAAUAGCAUUGUUAUUAUUUUUGGAGAAAACAGAGCUGCGCUUUAAUUUCUCGAUGGGUUUAUCUUCCGCUCCCAGAGUGUUCUACCAGGCAGAGGUCACUGGUGUUCCUGGACCUUCAAAGGGAGUUGAGUUCUGAUGUGAAGCUAAACUGCAAUCAGUUUUUUAUCUAAUGUGGGACUCAAACUCACAACCCUGAGGUUAAGAGGCUCCUGCUCUACCAACUGAGUGUUGGCUGCUCAAAUCUUGGGCACAUGUUCUCCCCUCUUCCACUCUGGUAUGGCCACAAGGAGGAUCUUGGAAACAUUUUAUUCCAUUAUCUAUUCACCAUGCCUUAUAAGUGCAUCUGAACCAGAAACUGGUUAGCUUAAGUAUGGUUUAGGGAGCCAUGAACUGCAGCUUGAAGUUGGUUUGUUUCCUUAAACUGUAGUUAAGGCUAACCGUUGGGUUAAGACGUAGCAAUAAACCACAGUUACUUUAAAACUCGAAGUGGGAAAGCUUCCCAAUUUUCAUGCCAGAGGGAAAUCGGGGGGGGGGGGGGAGUUUGUGGUUUGUUCACAGAAUGCAGAGCCAAAGUUCAGUGUUUUAUGUUUUAUCUGAGCAAAGCCAUUCUCGCCUGGCUCUGAUUAUAAUACAGUGGUGCCUUGGUUGUCGGAACUUAAAUCUGUUCCGGGAGUCUGUUCAACCCCCGGAACCAUUCGAAAACCAAGGCAUGGCUUCCAAUUGGCCGCAGUAGCUUCCUGCACUCAGUUCGAAGCCAUGUCAGACGUUCGGCUUCCAAAAAACGUUCGCAAACUGGAGCACUUCCGGGUUUGCGGCGUUCGGGAGAUGAUUUGUUCGGGAUCCAAGGUACCACUGUAGAUCAGGCUCCAACAGCCAUCAUGACUAGUAACUUGAUAGCCCAAUUCUCCAUGGUAUUCCUUCACUGUCGGAGGCAUAAUGCCUCUGAAUAGCAGUUGCUUGGAAUUAUGACAUCUAUUUGGCCACUGUGAGAACAGGAAGUUUUGGCCUGAUCUAACAGGGCUGCACAUUCUGAUGCCAUAUGGCUGUAGCAACUUAUAUCCUGCAUGAUCCCCCCCAAUAACUUCUGCAUCAGGGGCACCCAACAUUUUGUUAGCUUGUAGCUGGGUGUUCCAUCAAAGUGCAAUGAAGGGGGUUGGAUCUAGGAUGCAUUUGGCGUAGCUGAUAGUAUUAAGAGCACCUUUAUGCUCAUGGAGAGGGACGCGGGUGGCGCUGUGGGUUAAACCACAGAGCCUAGGGCUUGCCGAUCAGAAGGUUGGCGGUUCGAAUCCCCAUGACGGGAUGAGCUCCCUUUGCUCGGUCCCUGCUCCUGCCAACCUAGCAGUUUGAAAGCACGUCAAAGUGCAAGUAGGUAAAUAGGUACCGCUCCGGCGGGAAGGUAAACGGCGUUUCCGUGCGCUGCUCUGGUUCGCCAGAAGCAGCUUAGUCAUACUGGCCACAUGACCCGGAAGCUGUACGCCGGCUCCCUCGGCCAAUAAAGCGAGAGGAGCGCUGCAACCCCAGAGUCGGCCAAAACUGGACCUAAUGGUCAGGGGUCCCUUUACCUUAUGCUCAUGGAGAACUUCAGAACUACAAUUUCUACAUUAUGUAGACCUAUCCUUUUACUAUGAGGAAAAGGCACAUGUAAUCGAAGCUGUUUGUGGCUGAUGAAAGUGAUACCUUGAAAUCAAUGUCCGAAAUUCUCCAGGUGCGUUUUGCAGUAGGUCCAACUGGCGUGGGUCCAAUUGUGACUACGUGGAGAUUUCUGGGCACCAGGUUGGUGAUCACAGUUUUAAAAACCUCUGCCUUUGUUCAUAUAGCUAAUACCAUUUCCAUUUCUACUUCUUGCAUACCAGCACAAGUGAAUAGUUGUAAGAGCAAGCUACAGUCCUGCAGUGUAGUUGAGAUCAUAGAAUUGUAGAAUCACAGUGCUGGAAGGGACCCCAAGGGUCAUUUAGUCCAGCCCCUGAAAAAAAAGACAUUCUGUUGUGGCAAGCGUAACCUAGGUUUAAGGUGCCAUUGGGUGCCUAGCUUGAAAUCCAUCUGUCCCUUGAAUGAAAUUUCACUGGCAGUAGCCUAUGAAUUGGAAGUCCCCACUGCUGCCAUCUACAGAUUUGAUGCCAUCUGCAUCCUGGCCCCUUUUUAGGAGACAGAAGUGACACAAGUCUUUCCUUGGGCUUACAGCAUUGUUAGGCAGAAUGCCUUCAGGAAAGGCUCCGCUGAAGAUGGCUUGUGUUCUCUAGCAACAAUAGCGUGUCUAAAUAGUGUGGGCAAAAAUGGCUGCUGCAGAGAGAUCGAAAGGGGUAACUUUUGAAGAUGCAGACAGGUGCAGCAUCCACAAGCCAAAUCCUUGCAAAGCAGUGGAGCUUCUUACUUAGAAGAUCCUUCCCUUGCCUAUGCUGCCCUUGCCUGCGGGGAGGUUGCAGCUUGCUCAGUAUGCAUUUUUGGGUCCUGGAAACCAAAAGAGCCAGCGUGGUGUAGUGGUUAAGAGCGGUAGACUCAUAAUCUGGUGAACCGGGUUCGCUUCCCCGCUCCUCCACAUGCAGCUGCUGGGUGACCUUGGGCCAGUCACACUUCUCUGAAGUCUCUCAGCCCCACUCACCUCACAGAGUGUUUGUUGUGGGGGAGGAAGGGAAAGGAGAUUGUGAGCCGCUUUGAGGCUCCUUCUGGUAGUGAUAAAGCGUGAUAUCAAAUCCAAACUCCUCUUCUUCUAAACUCAGCACAAAGUCACAAGGUUGCUGCCUGCCUUCCAAAGAUAUGGAUUUGGUGGCAGCAACCAAACCAUGUGUGCUUCCACCUGUCUUCACAUUCCUCUUUUGUUGGUUAGACAUUUACCUUCAUUCCAGUGCUCUCCCUAUGUAAAAUGAAAUCCAGUGGAUUAAUGUGCACAGUCCUUGCCUCUGUGCCAAGAUUCCCUUAACACAAUUUUUCCAGUGGCUGCCUCGCAGUUAUGGGUAGAGAAAGGAGGCCAGGGUGGUGGUGGUCAGAAUGCUCAAGCACACAGUCUGUUGUGAAGCUUUGACACUGGCUUAUGAAAUAUGGCUGGUGUGAGAAAAUGAACAGAUUUAAUUUCACCGAUGUGAAUGAGAGCAAGGUUGCCUUCCGAGGGCUUGUGGAGCAGAUGAUGAAUGGCUUGUCUAAUCCUAGAUAAUAUGAAUUUCAAGACAGUGCAUGUACUUAUUAAGGCGGUAGGCAGUGGAAGAAAACUUGAAGCCUUUUCCACAUGAACUGGCAAUCUGAAUCUCGCACUUGAAUGCUGCCUCCAUGCCACUUUGUGGAUCUAACACUGACCCUACUGCUUGCGGAGACAAGACACGAUUUUGCUUAGGAGAAUAUGGUAGCAAGAACAGCGAGAGGUACAUGUGGUGUGCAUCUCUCUUCAGCUGCACCAUGAAAACUUUGGGACAGGCUAUAGGCGGUUGGGCUCCUGCCCUUUCAUAGGUUACUGAAGGGUUCAUAGGGUGGGGUUGCCUUGAUGCUUUCUCCUUUGUGACAUCUCAAACCUGCUGUCAGCUGUAGAACCCGGCAACCUCCAUUGCCAGGGAGUCAGUUACCUGUAUGCCGAGAGCCAUUCUUUCCUGUGGGUAUUAGAUGUAAGUUUUAUUAGGAACAUUGUUAGGGCCUGCUAGAACAGACCAAAGGCCCUAAUAGUCCAGCAUCCUGUUCUCACAGUGGUCAGUGGGAAAACCCAAGCACAAGUCCCCUCUCCCCUCCAGUGGUUUCCAGCAACUGGUUUCCAGCAGAAUUUUCGCCUCCAGCUGUGGAGGCAGAGCAUAACCAUGGUGGCCUUUUAGCCACCAAUAGCUCUUUGCUCCAUGAAUUUGUAUAAUCCUCUUUUAAAUCCAUCCAAGUUGGUAGCCCAUCCCUGCUUCUUGUGGUUGCAAGUUCCAUAAUUUAGCUGUGCUAAGAAGCGCUUUCUAUUGUCCGUCCUGAGUCUUCCAACAUUGAGCUUCGUCGGAUGUCUAUGAGUUCUUCUAGUGUUGGGAGAGAGCGAGAAAAACAUUCCUCUAUCCACUUUCUCCAUGCCAUGAUUCUAUAACCUUCUAUCAUGUCACCUCAUAUUUGCUUUUUCUCUGAACGGAUAAACCAUUACGAGAACCGCCACUAUGAAUACAACUGGAAAACAGCCACACUUUGUAAUAACCCGAAGGCAACACAAAUUAACCCUGCAUAAUUUGAACAUGCUGUGAUUUAAACAUGUAAUUGUAUUCUAUUAUAUACAUACUUAAUAGCUGCUGGUUAUUUUACUUAUUAUUAUUUUGAUACAUUUUAGAUUAACUUGCUUUUAAUGGUUGGUUUCUCCCCCCACCCCAGUCUUUUUAAUGAACAUUUUAUAUUUUUUGUAAAUCUCUUGGAAGUUAAGGAUGAUCAAGCAUUCUAUGAAUCCUGUUCAAUAAAUAAAAUGCAAUUACGAAACAAAUCUCUGCGGCCCAGUUGCUGCUGUCCAGCUUUAAGGAGCUGCAGAUUUAAGUUCCUGCUUCAAGCUAAGAAGAAAACUUAUUCAGAUUUUGCAGUUGUUUCCAGGGAGGCCAUUGUGGCACAUAUUCUCAAGUAGUCUAGAUGGUACCCAGAACAAGCGGCUAGCUGGAGGUGCUACCACUAAUAGCCUGUGCCUUGGACUCACUUUUGGAAUAUGGCUGUGACCUUCUACGUUGUCCCUGAAGAUCAGGAGACCGUGGAUCUUUCAGGGGUCUCCAAAGUGGGAAAGACUGCUUCAUGUAAAACUCGCCACACCUAAAAUGUCCUUUUCCAGGCUGCAGAGAUGCCCACAUUUUGCUUUUUGACCAGGUUAACUGCCAAGAGGCGAUGUCCCCUUGAAGCAUGGCUUUAAGGCUGUCUAAUUAAAAUAAAACCCAACGAGCUCUAAAUAGCUUUCUGCAGCGCUGUCUGAACCAAAUUAUCGCAAAGGUUUAAUUGCUUCAUGGCCCGAAAUAGAGUGAUGCUGUGUGCAGAAUUACUGGAGGGGCAGAGUGACAUUCUUAAAUAUGAUCUCCCAUUUAUUUGCCUUGUCACCACUGAGAUCCUAUCUCCGUGCUCUUGCUGGAGGCUGCAGCCUGCUGCCUGCCUCUGCUGAUGUCUGCGCCCGAUUGCGAGAGGAAGUACAUGCAACCUUGACUCGGUGCUGCCAAGUUAUCUCUGCGCGCUGCAGUGCCCACUAAACGCGCCUUCUGUGAGCGACCUGAGAUUCCUGAAGGCGUUGGAGGGAUGGCAGCCUAGUGAGCAGCUCAGAGCUGGUGCCGUGUGCAGGCUGGUGAAUUUCCGGAAGGGCUCUUGCAGGGUUUUGUUGCAUUAAUGAAGGGUGCCAGGCAUUUUACUCUGGGAGCUGCCUGUUACAGCACGAGCACCAUUGCUUAGGUGAAAAGUUGUCUCGGGCAUCUUGCUGCUUAAGCUCCAGCAAGCUGCAGAUGAUGAAUUCAACUCCCUGUCCCUCGCUUUACUUGGGGUCAAGAAAGCGUUUUUGACUGCAACGUAGUCAACACAGUAUCCUUCUAGUGUAGGAUCUGGCAGCCUGAACAUCUCAAAUGUUGGCUUCUUUUUUUUAAUAAAACAACAACAAACAACAGCAUUCCUCGAACUAUGCUAUGAAGGGCAACUUAAAAAUCAGUGGCUUCACCGUCCCCUCAAAUUCCAACAUUCAUCCUAUCUCGAACACACCCAAUCUCUCAACCUAUUUGCCUAUCCUUGUGCCUGCUUGCUGGCUUCUUUCCUGUAUCUCCACCCCCCUCCCAUACUUGCCAUGGCUGUUUUUUUGUUUCUGUUUUUUAAAAAAAUUUCAGCAACCUACUUUCAAGCCUGAGUCCUAUAGUUCUGGACUGCCUUUGUGUCCCUUCAAGGACCCCCCAUUAAAACAUUUUAUGGAUCAGUUAACUUUCAUCCUCUAUUUCCCCCUUUCCCAUAUCUUGGGUCUACAGAUAUUGACUCAGUUGGUGAGAGUGUGGUGUAGUUAACACCAAGGUGGCAGGUUCAAUCCCCGUACAGGACCUCUGCAUUGCAGGGGUUGGACUUGAUGAUCCUCAGGGUCCUUUCCAACUCUACAGUUCUAUGAUUCAAUUGCUUGGCUAGGUUUGUUAGCUGAUCAUUGUUUCUGAUGGCUUUUCUUUCUUCUUGAUCCCUCGAAACAAAAAUGUGAUUCUUCUGUGACCAGCAAGGCAGGGUUUGUUAGGGGAAGUGCAGUAGGCAGCUGGAGUGUACGUUGAUGGCAGUCCUUGUCCUCCACCAACCCAUAAUGCAAAUGUCAUGUCCCAGCACAAGACAGCAGCCAGGCAUUGUUUUGAAAUGAGUCCCGCCUACAGCCUCAUGCUACUGGCAGCUCUUUAAAAUGUGUGCCGCCUUAUUCACAUAAAGGAGUGUGCUGGAAGUCAUCCCUCCUAACCCUAAAAUUAAAUUUGGUUGCCCUUCUGAAGGCUGUAUUUGUAGUGUCCUCUAUCCUCCAAAUGCUCUAGGUCAUGGUCACAUCUCUUGCAGGAUGUAGUGUUCUGUACCAGGGCUGGGCUAAACAUUGCCAUAUAUUGAUAUAUCAUGAUGUCUGAAAUAAGGAUUAUGCUCUGUAGAGGCAUUGGCUGGCUUCAUGGUUUUUCCUGCAUUGUGAUUUUUGCAUAGUGCGCGCGUGCGUGCGCGCGCACACACACACACCAUGAUUCACAAUAUAUUGCCAGGUAAAAAAUUAUGAAACUGAUAUCACAAUAUGGACUUUAAACUGGUUUUGGAUGAUAAAUUGAUAUAUUGCCCAGCCCUCUUCUGUACUCUUUCUUUCUUUUUGGAGGGAUGGAUGGGGAAUAAAAGAUGGCAAAUGCAGAAAUCCUCAUGUCAGGCAAGUAAACUUAAUAGCUACUAGUGUGGCUUUCUGCUUUUUAAAAACUUCCAGUUGGAGUCAGCUGUUGCUUGUGUAUCCGAGUACCUGACAGAUCAUUCCUAGAUCUCUUAACAGCUUUUUGACCCCCUGUAUUCUUCCCAAUUCCUCUCUUCCCUCCCCUCCAGUUCCAUCCUGUUCUGUUAAAGAUGAGGCAGCAACCUAGGUAUGGGGCGUUUAAGAUGACAUCUUCUGCUGGGGGGAGCCGGUGAAAGACUUUCCCAUAGAGCAGGAGCGAGCUUUGGAAAGCGGCAGGUUCAAGUGUGGGGACCAGAGGCUAACUGGGCCUGUUUGUUGUGUCCUCCCUUCUCUGGUGCAGGUGACGGAGCUGAACGAGCCCCUGUCCAACGAAGAGAGGAACCUGCUGUCGGUGGCCUACAAGAACGUGGUGGGGGCCCGGCGCUCCUCCUGGAGGGUCAUCAGCAGCAUCGAGCAGAAGACCUCGGCCGACGGCAACGAGAAGAAGAUCGAGAUGGUGCGGGCCUACCGCGAGAAGAUCGAGAAGGAGCUGGAGGCCGUGUGCCAGGACGUGCUCAGCCUGCUCGACAACUACCUGAUCAAGAACUGCAGCGAGACCCAGUACGAGAGCAAAGUCUUCUACCUGAAGAUGAAAGGGGACUAUUACCGCUACCUGGCCGAGGUGGCCACGGGGGAGAAGAGGGCGACGGUGGUGGAGUCCUCCGAGAAGGCCUACAGCGAAGCCCACGAGAUCAGCAAGGAACACAUGCAGCCCACUCACCCCAUCCGCCUGGGCUUGGCGCUUAACUACUCUGUUUUCUACUACGAGAUCCAGAACGCCCCCGAGCAGGCGUGCCACCUGGCCAAGACGGCCUUCGACGACGCCAUCGCCGAGCUGGACACCCUCAACGAGGACUCCUACAAGGACUCAACGCUCAUCAUGCAGCUCCUGCGCGAUAACCUAACGCUCUGGACAAGCGACCAGCAGGACGACGACGGUGGCGAAGGCAACAACUAGGACCCCGCCCCCCCCUCCGGAUGGACUGGCAGCCGCACGCUGAUGCUACUACUGCAGUCUUUAAUUUUGUUUUCCCACGAGGUGUGGGGGGGAAGGGGUCGGGUGGGGGAGGGGGACAAAAACAAAAACAAAACACAAAAAGGAGGGGCGACCUUCCAGGGAGGCUCCCCCCGCAACCUGUCUUUGAUUGCCUCUUUUGACACUUUUGCCAAAACACAACUUAGCGGGAAAGGUCAGGCUUGGCUGUGCUUGGGUGGAAUGGAGUAACUCGAUUGUGGCAGCCUCACAAUGGCGAAUGGACUGUUCUGUAGACUUAUUAAUUCAAGGGGGAGCUGUCUUUUAAGUUAUCUUAAUCGCUAGGCGUACGUGGAAGUUGACGAUGACUAACUUGGAUGGAAUGGCCCUCUCUUUCGUUGUUGGGGUUUAAUUUUGUGUGUGUAUGCGUGUGUGUGUGCGUGUGUUCGUUUGAGAGAAGCAGUUCUGUGGUUCCAGUAAGGUUUCCCAUCCGUCUGUCCCCCGAGUUAAAAUGUCCCCUGCCUUUUCCGUUGUCGAGGUGCAUCUGUGUGUGUCUCCUCUCUGAUAUCUGCCCCGAACUUUUGGAACGCUCACUACAGCAUAAUUUCAAAGCGGGAGGAAAGCCCUAGGCUCCAAACCCGCAAGAGCCCAUCUAGUCAGGAUGCUUGAGACAGCUUUCAGUAUUAUUGCUAAAUUGCAGUUUUAACAGUGUUUUCUACAUGACAGCCAUAUUUUUGACACCGAGCCAUUGAGUGUAAACCUUUUUUUUGCUUGCUUUUUCUGGCUUGCCAUCUCCCUUGCAACCUUAACACCUGCAGAUGGGCUUCCCCCACCCGACUCGGUUUCCCCAGUUGCCCAAAGGCCACCUGAAGAACAUCCAUCUGUUUCUGUUGGCCGUUCUGUUGGGUAUAAAGUCCCAAGAGGCCGCCCCCAUCAAGAAGUGUUCAUAAUAUAAUUGGUCAAAGGAGGAGCUGCUGAACUGUAAUGUAAUUUGACUAAUUCAGGUCUCUAUGCCUCAUACUGUACCUGGUAUAUUCCAAGACCAUGCUGACUUCUUCCUUUUUUUAAAAAAAGGAAGAAGGCGAAGGUGCAAGAUUCUGCAGGAAUCAUGCUGCCGUAGUGCUUAUAACCUGAUUCCCCCCCCCCCCUUCUGUGCCAGAAGAUUAUGGCAGAUCUCUGCCUGCCCCUUUACUAAAGCCGGGUCUCCGAUCUGUGGGAAGCCUGUGGUACGAAGUGAAAUGAUGUGGAAUUGUAGUAAUUUCAUAAAGAGAGCUUGCUUGCCAGUGUUCGUUUGUUUUUAAAAAACACCCCCCCCCCCAAAAAAACCCUUAGGCACUCUAGAACUUAUAGAGAAUCCGUUCACAUACAGGUUCCCUGAAGGAAAAAAAAUAGAAAAUUAUGGUAGCUAAUCAAGUCAUUUUCUGUCAUUUUUCUACCCACCCACCUUUUUUUUGAAAAGAGAGAAAAUAGAUUGAUGGUUUUCCUUCUCUGGUUGCCUGCUUUUGUCCAUCAGGGGCUGCAUAGAAGGAGAAUGGCCUCUAAUGGGGCCUUCCCCUGUGCAACACCAUUUGUCUUCCCCUUGCGGAGAUGAAUGACUCCAUUUGACACAGUGCUGUGUGGUUUUUUGUGCUCACGUUGUUUGAUGCUUUGGGCAGUGGGGGUGAGCUGCUUUGGUGGCCUGCGAGUCCCAAAGGCUGUCUGGGUUUAAAAGCAAAUUGACAACAGGCAAAACGCUAGCAAGUCCAGCAUUAAAGUAUCCAAGCAGCUGCAUAAAAAAAACAAAACUUUUGUUGCAUUGUGAGAGUUUGCACUCGGUGACUUUUUUAUUAUUAUUAAUAUUCUUUUGAGCCACCUCGGGGAAAGAGCCACGCCAAAAUCCCAUGGCUUAUCUUACGUUCUGUGGGAUCGAAGUAGAGGAGGGAGAGGCUUGCAACCUGGGUAAACGGACGGGAACCUUUUAGGAAAUGUCGCAAGACUACUUUGGAGGCCGUGUUUAGGCUUCUGUUUGGUUUGCAAUCAUGUAGUGUGAGCAGUGUGUCUCCCUGGCUUUGAAUUGGAAAUGAUUUACUGGAAUUACAAAACCUUUUCUUGAUGAUGAUGAUGAUGAUGAUGAUGAUUUUUAUUUUUUAUUUUUGCUCUGGCUGCUUUAGGAAAACUUUAUGCAGGGGGGAAAAGAUCGCACAAGAGGGCUAAAACCUAUGGAGUCGCGGGUGGGGUGGGGAAUUGUGAGCAGCUUGAAUGGUUUCUUUCGAUUUGUUUUGUUUUGUUUUGUUAAGGAAAUGCACUUGCCUAUAUGAUAACUGUCUCUCCAGUGAAAUGAAUAACUGCUCCAUUAUUCUAUUGAUACAAUAUUGUGCAUGCUGGUGUUGUAUUUCUAUAAAGUAGCUUGAAAUUUAUUAACUUAUACUGUAGAUGUUAUGUAUUCCUAUGACAAAUAGUCUUCAACAAUUUUUUAAAGUUUUUUAAUUUAUUUUUUUUCCUCCUAUUUUUUUCCCUUCCUUUUUUGGGGGUAAAAGUUUGCUCUACCAAAUAGUGAUCGUAACAAAACUGAUCUGUUAUGGAUGUUGCUAUAGUGACAUGCAAUUAUAUAUGAUUUUUUUUAAAAAAAGGAAAGCAAAAGAAAACACCAGUGUUAGCUUAAUCUUAAUGUCUGGUGUUCGUCAUGGUGAAAUUAUAACUAUUACAGUGUAGGGGAAAAAUGACUAUGUUCUUCGAAUGAGCCUUUGUUUGUGCUUUUCUGUCAUGUUAUGCAGUGAACUCUUUUUAAGGUCUAAUCAGUGAUUAUUUUUCCAACUCCGUGUUUCUGUAAGGAAUUAUUUCACACACGGACCAUUCUUAGCAGUUUUCCUCAGUGAUGGAAUAUCAUGAAUGUGAGUCAUUAUGUAGCCGUCGUACAUUGAGCAAAUAAACUUACAGAUCUGAUGUCAGUGC